CUUCAAGGGCGGGUCUAAGCGGCCGUAUACACAGAUAGUAUGUCACGCUUUUUUAAAAUGAGCACAGACGCUAAUUGUAGUCUAAAGUACUGCUCGGUGCACUGUGAUCUAUAACGACAAACUGGAAGUUUUCAGGGUCGGUGCGUUAGCUGAAGAUACUGCUCUCACCCGCAGAUAUUAGUGUUUCGUCAGUUUCAGAGCUCUUACUUCUGGAUAGAGCUGGAUUAGUGACACUGGAAAGACCAACAUGCCUCGGUCUUUCUUAGUCAAGAAGUACUUCACCAGCAAAAGGCCAAACUAUAGCGAAUUGGAAUGUCAGAAUGAUAUUUUGCCUGAACGAUACCCACUUUCAGAGCUUCCUGGAGCCAACAGUGAUUUCCCUGUGGCUUGUUUCACGGCUGGGCUGGUGUGGGAUGUUAGUUUGGUGCCACAGCUGCAAGGCCCUGCGUCCCUGUCUGGCCUGUCCUCAGCUCAGGGCCCACUGGACCUCAGCUCUCCCUCCAGUCUGAGCUGCAGCAGCAGUGGGGAGGAGGAUGAAGGCAGAACCUCAGACCCUCCCAGCCCCGAACCCACAGACACCUACCACCCCCAGCAGCCGAGAAGCCGUCGUGGCAGCAAGAGCAAGCCGAGAGCCACUGAGGAGCAGCGAGAAACGACUGUGCCCACCACACGCCCGCCCUUCUUCUGCAAGCACUGCCCCAAAGAGUAUAACAGCCUUGGGGCUCUGAAGAUGCACAUCCGCUCGCACACACUGCCCUGUGUGUGCCCCACCUGUGGGAAGGCCUUCUCCAGACCGUGGCUGCUCAGAGGACACAUUCGCACACACACAGGCGAGCGUCCGUUCUCCUGCCCUCACUGUAACCGGGCGUUUGCUGACCGCUCCAACCUGCGGGCACACCUGCAGACGCACGCGGAGGUGAAGAAGUACCAGUGCAGUACCUGCUCUCGCACCUUCAGCCGCAUGUCGCUACUGCAGAAGCACGUGUCUGCGGGCUGUCCACACUCGGCGUGAGGGAGCCGCGUCGCACGUCUUUCAUCAGGCGUGCAGAACGGUGAAGUUGUCUUGCAGCUGUGUCCAGGGUCCUCACUGACAGCAUGCAGGCACAAACCUGGUGUAAGAAAAGGACACCACAAUUAAACACUUCUUCCCAGUUAAACAGAGUCUGACCUUAUAAUACCAAAGGCCUGGAUGGUUUCUUCCCUCUGAAUACAUGAAGGAGGUGUGUGGGUUCACCGCGAGU